UUUUAGAGGCUCUCAUUUGGGUUUUUCUUGCAAAUGCUUUCUGCUCAUGCCUUACUGUCGAAACAUUCUUUGAUUAGGUUCACUUGUUUUCAUUAUGCUUGUAAUAGGCUGCUUUUUUUUCCUGAAAAUGACUUGUAACUGUGCCUUCAUGAGGGGUUAUUUUCUUUUCAUAUUCAUUGCAUUAUAUCGUCUCUUCACAGGCAUCUAUGGCUUUUGCCUCUCGAUUCUGAUUGUUUGCGAGGUUAGUUUAUGAUAUGGGUAAUGUAGAAUCUAUGUUUUGGGGUAAGUGUGGGUCUUGUGAUGCUUAUUUUGGCACGAGUUUCGUUGUUGAUGCUUGAGAUUUUGGGUUUUUUAGUGUGAAGGUCACUGAACCUCAUGAGCUUGGAAUGUCGGAUUUAGUUGCUCAGACUGGACUUUGUUUAUGUGAUGAUCCCCACUUUGGAUACUGUUCUAAUUUAGGGAAUGUUGUUGAGCUUGGUUUUGCUGACUCUUUUCUAGAGAGCACUGUUGCCAUAAUGGCUACUACUGCUGGAUUAUUGGAGAAACAUGAUGGUUCUUUUCCCUACAGAUUUCAGCUCGAACAAGACGUGAGAAGGUUACAACAAAAGUUGCAAGAAGAGAUGGAGCUGCACACUUCCCUUGAAGAUGCUAUUCAAAAGAAGGAUCUAACAUUAGCCAACUUCUCAUGCCUCCCUCAUCACGCCCAAGAUCUUUUGUCUAGCAUUGCAGUAUUGGAAGAUGCAGUUGUACGACUCGAGCAAGAGACGGUCUCUUUACAUUUCCAACUUAGUCAAGAAAAGAACGAAAGGAGGCUUGCAGAAUAUCGUUUAAUGCAUUCAUCGCCUUGUUCAAUAUCUGAUUGGUCCAAUUUGGACACGAUGAAGAAACCGAAUUCAUGGGAAGAAAUUGAAGAUGGCCUAGUUACGCGCUGUGAGAAAACGUCUGUGACAGAGGUCAAUGAACGUUCCCAAUCAAUAGAAUGCGAGAAAAUGUCUCGAGGGCCACCGUCAAGUGGCCUCUGGCAUCACCCUAAUAUCUUAUCAGAAGAAAUGGUCAGAUGUAUGAAAAACAUAUUCAUCUCUCUAGCAGAUUCCCCCGUGCCAUCCAAGUCAUCAACAUCGGAAAGCCACUCGCCUGCAUCGCCCCAAGGACAUCUCUCCAGUUCAUCAUGGUGGUCAUCAUCCGAACGAUCCAUUAUUUCAUCGAGAGUACAAAGUCCACAGAUUGACCUUCCAAGUAGCUCUGAAGUAUUGGCCACACAGAAUACCUCUGAUCCAUACAGUGUGCGUGGAAAAUUAAGCUGGUCUGACAUUGGAAACUAUUCACAAGCAGCUGAAGUUUCUUGGAUGUCAGUUGGAAAGAAACAACUAGAAUACGCUGCAGGAGAACUGAGGAAGUUCCGCACUCUUGUUGAGCAGCUUGCGAACGUGAAUCCCGUCCAUUUAAACAGGGACGAAAGGCUAGCGUUCUGGAUUAAUUUAUAUAACGCACUAAUCAUGCACGCUUACCUGGCAUAUGGAGUUCCAAAAAGUGAGCUGAAACUUUUCUCUUUGAUGCAAAAGGCUGCAUACACAGUGGGGGGCCAUUCUAUCAGUGCAACAGGAAUUGAAUAUGUCAUCCUCAAGAUGAAACCACCAGUCCACAGACCACAAAUUGCUUUGCUUCUUGCUCUUCAUAAGUCGAAGGUGACGGAGGAGCAACGAAGAUUUGCAAUAGACAAACACGAACCGCUCUUAACAUUCGCUCUGAGCUGCGGAACUUACUCAUCUCCAGCGGUGAGGAUCUACACUGCAAAUAACAUCCGAGACGAUCUUUUGGAGGCACAACACGAUUUUAUUCGAGCGUCUGUAGGUGUUAGCAGCAAAGGAAGAUUAUUGGUACCGAAACUGCUAUAUUGCUUCGCCAAAAACUCGGUUGACGAUACAAAUCUGGCAGUAUGGAUAUCUCAUUACCUUCCACCCCGUCAAGCUGCUUUCGUUCAGGGUUGUAUAUCCCAGAGGCGGCAAAGCUUAAUCGGUUCUUGCAACUGCGGUAUUCUUCCUUUCGAUUCUCACUUUCGGUAUCUAUUUUUGCCUGAGAAAUCUUCAUUGCAAUGAUAUCUUCAUGAAUUUGUAUAGAAAUUCACCAAGUCUUCAACUUUAGUAUUCUGCAUUUGGUUGCAUAAUGUGGGUGUAAAUUUCUUUUUUGGGGAAGUAUGCCUCCUUUUUCUCAUCAGGGCUCCUAAGUUUUGUAUAUUGCGUCCAAGGGGAAGGGAGUUGGUUCAUUUUCUGCAGGUGAUUGAUUAUGUAUGUGCACGUUUAUACAAUCACAAUAAGCUUCUACCUUGUUCUUGAACUGACCUUAGUGAUCAACUUAAAGAUAUCAAAGACUCUUCUUUGUUAUCUUGUUCAGCUUU